AUCAGCUGGUCAGUGAAUGGCAUGCCACAAGGGACAAUUAAACAUCCUCUGGGGUAUAUUCCAAUCAUGGUGAAGUCCAAACUAUGCAACCUCUAUAAUCUUUCUCCACAAGAGCUCAUGCAGCACCAUGAGGAGGAAGAGGAAAUGGGAGGCUACUUUAUAGUUAAUGGCUUAGAAAAGGUUAUUAGGAUGCUGAUUAUGCCCAGGCGAAACUUCCCUCUUGCAAUGACAAGACACAAAUGGAAAAACAGAGGCCCUGGUUUCACAGAGUAUGGAGUGGUGAUGCAUUGUGUUAAGGCUGAGCACACUGCAAUAAAUAUGAACCUUCACUACUUGGAAAAUGGUUGUGUCAUGGUAAACUUCAUUUUUCAGAAAGAGUUGUUCUUCCUUCCCUUAGGAUUUGCUCUGAAGGCAUUAGUUAAUUUCCCAGACUACCAGAUUUUUGAAGAGUUGGUCAAAGGAAAGGAAGAUGACACCUUUUAUGUGAACUGUGUUACGGAGAUGAUGAGAGCAGUGGUGGAUGCAGGCUGUUACACACAGCAAAAUGUCCUUGAAUACCUGGGAAAGAGCUUCAGAAUAAAACUCAACCUUCCUGAGUGGUACAGCAAUGGACAGGCUGCAGAUUUAAUUUUGAACAAGUGUAUCUGCAUCCACCUGACAAACAGAACAGAAAAGUUCUACCUGCUCUGCAUGAUGACCCGGAAGCUGUAUGCCUUUGCCAAAGGGGAAUGCAUGGAGGAUAAUCCAGACAGUCUGAUGAACCAAGAAGUGCUUACCCCAGGACAGCUUUUCCUUAUGUUCUUGAGGGAGAGGCUUGAAAGCUGGUUGCAGUCUGUUAAGUUCGUUCUGGAGAAAAGAUCAGAAAAGGCUGAUGUCAGCAUAAAUGCAGACAGCUUGGUGAAGGCUUUCAGCCUGGCCACGGACUUUACCAAGCCCUUUGAAUACCUGCUUGCAACUGGUAACCUACGAUCUAAAACUGGCCUGGGCAUGUUGCAGGACAGCGGUCUGUGUGUGGUGGGAGACAAGCUGAAUUUUGUCCGGUACCUCUCCCACUUCCGCUGCGUACACAGAGGAGCCGCGUUUUCCCAGAUGAGAACUACAACAGUCCGCAAGCUGCUGCCUGAGUCCUGGGGCUUCCUGUGCCCUGUGGACACCCCGGAUGGAGAACCCUGCGGGCUCAUGAACCACAUGACAGCCCUGUGUGAAAUAGUGACCGAGAUGGUGCCUGUGAGGGACAUCCCACCUUUGUUAUGUUCCCUGGGUGUCACCCCCCUGGAUGCGACUCCAAGCAAGCCUUACACUGAGUGCUACAGAGUUGUGUUGGAUGGCUCUGUGGUGGGCUGGGUAGAGUGGGACCUGGCUCCUGGGAUCGCAGAAACCCUCCGCUGGUUCAAGAUAACACAAGAAAAGAGAUUUCCUGCACGGGCAGAAGUGGUCCUUAUCCCAAUGACAGGAAAACCCAGCCUGUAUCCUGGGUUGUUCAUUUUUACUACCCCUUGCCGGAUGGUGCGGCCUGUCAGAAACCUGAUGUAUGGAAGGAAUGAAUGGAUUGGUACUCUGGAACAGAUCUUCAUGAACGUGGCCACAAUAGAGUCAGAGGUGGUACCUGGAAUAACCACUCACCAGGAGCUCUUCCCUCACAGCAUUCUGAGUGUAGUGGCCAACCUCAUUCCCUUCUCCGACCAUAACCAAAGUCCACGGAACAUGUACCAGUGCCAGAUGGGAAAGCAAACCAUGGGGUUUCCGGUUUAUAACUACAAGGAUCGCUCGGAUAACAAGCUGUACCACCUUCACACUCCCCAGAGCCCUCUCGUGCGGCCCAGCAUGUAUGACUAUUACGGGAUGGACAGCUAUCCAGUUGGCACCAAUUCAGUUGUGGCUGUCAUCUCCUACAGUGGCUAUGACAUGGAAGAUGCGAUGAUUGUGAACAGAUCUUCCUGGCAGAGAGGGUUUGCCUACGGAAGCGUUAUCAAGAUGGAAAGCAUUGACCUUUCCCUUAAAGCCAGUAGGGCAGGCGAUAAUUUAGUCUUUGGCAUCAAGCCUGGUGACCCAAAUGUCUCAGAGAAGUUGGAUGGUGAUGGACUUCCUUUUGUUGGCUCCAUCCUACAGCCUGGGGACCCCUUCUACAGCUUCAUGAACCUCAACACAGGGGAGACCUUCACUGUGUACUAUUCGAGUAAGGAAGUUGGCAUUGUGGACAACGUCAGGUUAUGCAGCAAUGACCGUGGCACUGGGAAGUUCAAGAAGGCUUGUAUCACCGUGAGGGUUCCCCGGAAUCCAACCAUUGGAGACAAAUUUGCCAGCCGUCACGGACAGAAAGGUAUCCUGAGCCAGCUCUGGCCAGCGGAGGACAUGCCCUUCACCGAGAACGGGAUGGUUCCAGACAUCCUCUUCAACCCUCACGGCUUUCCCUCCCGCAUGACCAUUGGGAUGUUAAUUGAGAGCAUGGCGGGGAAGUCAGCGGCGCUGCACGGCAUCUCCUACGACGCCACUCCCUUCACCUUCACAGAGAAGAAUUCUGCCCUGAAGUACUUUGGUGAGACUUUAGCGAGUGCUGGUUAUAACUUCUUUGGGACAGAAAAGAUGUACAGUGGCAUCAGCGGCCUGGAGCUGGAGGCAGAGAUCUUUGUGGGAGUGGUGUAUUACCAGCGCCUGCGCCACAUGGUCUCGGACAAGUUCCAGGUGAGGACCACGGGGCCCCGAGAUGCUGUCACCAACCAGCCUGUCAAAGGGAGGAACGUGGAAGGUGGGAUUCGCUUCGGUGAGAUGGAACGAGAUGCUUUGCUGGCUCAUGGCACCUCCUUCUUGCUGCAAGACCGGCUGUUCAACUGCUCUGAUGGCUCCAUCGCCUAUGUGUGCACGAGCUGUGGCAGCAUGACAUCUCCCGUGCUGGAGAAACAGCCCCACUCUUCCUCCAUGCCAAGCAGCAGGAGGUACUCCUGCUCUGUCUGCAGCGAGGUGGAUGCCAUCGAGGUUGUCCCUGUGCCCCACGUCUUCCGGUACUUCGUGGCAGAGCUGGCAGCCAUGAACAUAAAAACGAAGCUCAAAGUGGAGUAG